GCAACUGCUAAUGGUGAAAUGUAUAACAAGUCCCACAAACAAAAGGAACAUAUAUCGGCUGAUGACCAUAAGGAAGCGAAACUAGCAUACAAAUAUAAAACGCACCAAGAUUUCGUGUGUGACGUAGUUGGUGGAGGUAUCCGAACACAAUUACCCGAUAUAAAGAAUACCGCAUAUUACAUGCUGAAAUCGGAUGCAAGCAGUUCACACAAUUUCACUUGUUCAGAAUUUGAGUGGGCACUGUUAGUGGCUUCGAUUAUUUUCGUUAGCGUGUUCAUAGCGACCAUAGUUUGGACUUACAAGUUUGUGCAACGUCAAUGGAAGGUGCACGUACAAUUACCAGAAUCGGUGCUACAACUAAUGAGCAUGAGUUCAAAAUUACCCAGUUGCUUGGAGGAUAAUAAACCGGAAAAUAUUUCCAUUGUAUCGACAAAAGCUAGCGAUGGUGCAUCGCUAAUCAAUAUUGGAAAGACGUCCGUACCCUCGUGUAGCAGUGAAAGUGGUGUCGAUGGCGUUGGCGACGCUGACAGUGACACACCGAGUACAAGUAGCGAAGAUGUCAAUAGGGAAUUUUCACGCUGUUGGGCGAAAAGCGAGCCGGCAUCGCCACAGACUACAGUAACUUUAAAUAGCCUUAGCUAUUCUUCGCAUCAACCAUCACCGUUGCGGUGUAAAAAGCCAUUUGACAAGCCCAUUCUUAUUAAUGAUGACUACUUACAAGCGGAACAAAUAAUACCAAUUAUUGCUAAUGACAGCAGCACAUCGAGCGAAUCUUCAUAUUUACCCUUACAUUCAAUUAAAUCGAAGUCGAGCUCAACUUCGGAGAGUAGCGGUAACAAAGGAAGUUUUGGUGAUUAUGUUACAGCGGGUGAUAUUGCUGCAACAGUGACAACAUCAACUGACGCUAUGCUCAACAAACAUGCAAAGACGCCGCUUUUGCUACAAAUGACAAAUAAUAACAAUAAUAAUAAUAACAAUAUUAAUAAUAAUAAUACAUUAAAAAAUGCGCCGCUGGCUAACAAUUAUGUACUACCAGACUCACUCCACAAGUUGCCAACAGCGCACGUCGAAAGGAACUCCGUAAACCCUCUAGAAUCAAAGCUCUUACAGGCGAAAGCUGCAACGGCGCAGGCACACCUCUUUCCAACGCUUGCGACCGACGAUUAUGUGCUACCCGAUUCAUUACUUAAGUUGUCCACAGCACAUACCGCUACCAUACGGCAAGAUCACAACGAAACUGAUAAGCCAUUUCAACAACAAUUGCCACAAACUACAACCAUACCAGCGCAGUCGGAUCUAUUUAAAAAUUUAGCGCUUACAACAGGCGAUUAUGUGCUACCCGAUGAGUUGCCCAAGAUCGCUGCAUCACAGCAACACGAGACAUCUCUAUUGCCACUACCGCAACAACACUCGCAAAUUAAUUCUACGCAAGCGCAACCCAAUAUUCUUAAAAAUAUGCCACUCACACACUGUGGUUAUGUACUACCCGAUACGUUAACCAAGUUUGCUGCUGCACAAAACGCUGUCAAUGACGCGGACAUUGACGACGAUACGCAGACGCCAGCGCACCAGCAAGUUCGACCAAUGGUUUCAUACGGCUAUGUUACAUCAGAUUUUUGGUCACAGCAAAAUGCAAUGAAAUGAAUUUGAACUCAUAGAACUGCUACGAAGCCGAAUCGUAUAAUUUAACCAAAAAAAGUGAAAAGAUUUGCACAAGCCAAGCUUACUUAGUGAUCGUAUGCGGCAAACGUUUGCUGUGCUGACGUUGUAAAAAUCCUAAAAAAAAUCGUACCGAGCAUUUUGCAUAUUUAUUGCUUAAUUGACUGCUAGCGAAAUUUUUACUAUCACGGCCAAAGGCUUAGGCGUUAUGUAGUUGUUGGUGAUUUACAUUUAAAAACUAUUUCGCGACUGAUUUACUGUUGUUAUACGUAUAAGUGUGUGCGCAAGUGCUUGUUAGGUGUAUGGCAUGCAUGCCGACCUACACACGAAUUUAGUAUGUGUCUAACUAAAUAAGUUAGUAAUAAAUUUACUAAGCGUAAGAAUAAAAGGCUAUGAGUUUGUAGCGAUUCCCAGGUGGAGCAGA